ACUCUCCACCCACAUCCUUUCUCAAUGUCAUUGGCCAAGUGCCGUGGCAACUAGCGGCAGCUCUGAGAGCGCUCGGCCACACUGGGAGGUACCAGGCACGGUCCACACGACUCGCAGCGGCCGCGGAGAGAUUGGAACUGGGUUUGACUUCAAGAUGAAAGCUUUAAGAAUGGAAGUCCUCCUUGCAUUUUCUGGAAUGCUAUUGGCAGUCCAAGGUUGCCCACACAUUGUAAGUCGUUCUGAAUGGUCACAACGUGCUUCGCUUUGCAGUAAAACACUCCCACCCUCCCGAAAGUAUGCUGUGAUUCACCAUACUCUAGGCAAGCGCUGUUUUAGUAUGGUGACGUGUAAGAAGCAACUACAGAAUAUCCAACAUUACCACAUGGUCACCCGUAAAUGGUGCGACAUUGGCUACAACUUCCUCAUAGGAGAAGAUGGAAAUAUCUAUGAAGGACGUGGAUGGACAAAGCAAGGAGCCCAUACCUAUGGAUACAAUUGGAACAGUCUUGGAAUAAGCAUCAUGGGAAACUUUAUGAGGGAUGCACCAAACAAGUUGGCACUAACUGCUGCCCAGAAUUUGAUUCAAUGUUUAGCUUCGAAAGGUUAUCUGGCAUCCAACUAUGUGCUGAAGGGCCACAGGCAGCUGGGAAAAACCAAAUGUCCUGGAGAUUCACUCUACAAUAUCAUAACGAAAUGGCCAAACUGGUCCUAAUGCUGUUCAUAAUUUGAUUGCUGUUUCUUUAAAUACUAUUCUCGCAUUUGCUUAUCUUACGUCUUUACAUGAUUGACGUAAAGUAACGUGGAAAAUUAAUAUGAUUCAUAUUUUUGUGGUGUAUCUGCCCUACAUGCUUAAUAUACUGCAUCAUUCUUACGCCAAAUAGCUUUUUAAAUGUAUGUGGUAAUUCUGAGGUUCUUUGCCUUUACGAGUAAUACAUGGAUAUGUGAUGGCUAUGUCUUUGGAACUGUAAUUUUCAAUAUAAUCUAUCAAAUCAUCACAAUAAAUUAGUGAAAAUAUAAAUCCAAAA